AUGCCGAUGUUUGUGGUGAACACCAACGUGGCUAAAAGCGACGUGCCUCCGGCUCUGCUGUCGAAGGCUACGGAGGAACUGGCCAAAGCCAUGGGCAAACCUGCGCAGUACAUUGCUGUGCACAUCAACCCAGACCAACUGAUGAUGUUUGGAGGGAAGGGAGACCCCUGUGCUCUCUGCUCUCUUCACAGCAUCGGCAAGAUCAGCGGAGCUCACAACAAGCAAUACUCCAAGCUUCUGUGUGGACUGCUGAACAAACACCUGGGAGUCUCUCCUGACAGGAUUUAUGUUAACUUUGUGGCCAUGGAUGCAGCCAAUGUGGCCUGGAACAACACAACGUUUGGUUGAGAAGCACACCAAUACCUUGAAAUUAUAUAAAUAAAUAAAAAUCAUUCCAUCA